AUGAAUCAACUAAAUGGAUUACGCAGACUCUUUAGGAGGUUACAAAACCAGCUAGGAAGAGCAUUUGUAUGUAGGAAUAGUCUCGUGUAUCUUAUAUUGGUAAUAAUAUUACUUUGGGCAUUAUCUUUUACAAUAGUGCACCAAAUAAUUAUAUCAAAUGUUGGUAGUUAUAUGUCUUCUUCAGAUCGUCUGAGCUUAAGAGGUAUGGGUGGGAAAGGAUUAAAGGUUUUUAGGUGUUUAAUUAAGGGUAACUGUAUUAAUAAUGCUGGAGAAGGUAAUAAUGUUGAUUUUAUGAAGCUUGUUGAUGAGUCAGAUUCAAGGCACCAGAGUUAUAUUAUUAAGUUAAGAACUAUGCCAAAUAAAUAUAAUUUGACAGAAUAUGGAAAUGUUAAGAACUUAACAGAAAGUGUUAUAAUAACUAAAUACUUUGAUAAUUUAGCUUUUGCAUCUCCAAAGGAUACUGGGAUCAAUUACAACUCUGAUUUAGGCCUUUCUCUUGUUAAAAAAUAUGGUCUUGGCUCGAAAAUUCUUCCUUAUGUUGAACACAAAGAGUAUUCAUUGCUGUUUUCUAAUACCUCGCAACAAUAUUUAAAUUCAUUUGCAGUAUUUCCAGGUUACAACAAGUUAAGACAACAUGGUAUUCUUGGUAUAUUUCCUAACGGAACUACUCCUUUUGCUUUCAUUGAAAUGCCUCCACAAAUUAAUAGUGAAAAUGAAGCAACUUUAUUAGGGAAAGGGGGUGGUUUUUAUAGACAAUUAUCUGAUUUCCUUUCUUUAGAUAGAUUUCCAGAAGAAGUUAGGGACCCCAUAUGCAGAAAUAUAGUUUAUCCAAUAAAGGAUCUUGAUGAUGUAUCUAUCAUCAUUACAUUUUAUAAUGAACCACUUUCAACUUUAUUAAGAUCUGUUCACUCAGUUUUAAACAAUACACCUCCGCCUCUACUACGUGAGAUUAUUCUUGUUAAUGAUGGAUCCGAUAUGAUAGACCUUGUUCCAGGAGGUUUCUUAGACGAUUAUAUCAGACUUCUCCCUAAAGUCAGUGUUAUUCACCUUACAGAACGAACAGGUAUUGUAAAUGCAAGAUUAAAUGGUAUUAGAGUUGCAGUUGCUCCUGUAGUUGUAAUACUGGAUAGUCACAUUGAAACUUCAAGACAGUGGCUUGAACCACAGCUUCUAAGGCUUAAGGAGUCACCAAAAUCUGUAGUAAUGCCACAAAUCGACUCAAUAGAUCCAGAGAAUUUUUCUUAUACCAAUACUACUGGAAUUGGAUGUAGGCUUGGAUUCAAAUAUUCAAUUGUAGAGCAGGCUUCAUUGACAGGGCCUAUCAAUGAUACUACUCCGAUAAAGUCUCCAAUGAUGGCUGGUGGUCUUUUUGCCAUUAGAAGAGACUAUUUUUGGGAGUUAGGUGGCUAUGAUGAGAAAUUCAAGUAUUGGGGUGCAGAAAAUGUUGAAAUGAGUCUCAGAAUUUGGAUGUGCGGAGGACAGAUUGAGUGCACUCCUUGUUCCAGAGUGUUCCAUAUUUUCCGAAAGAAAGGUGCUGGCUAUGUUUCACCCCCCAAUAGUUUAUGGAUUAACAGACUUCGUACAGCUCGAAUAUGGAUGGACGAAUUUUACCAAAUAACUGAGACAAUGGCACCUAAUCCUAAUAUUGAUCUUGGCUCGUUUGAUGACAUGUUACAUCUUAAGAAAAAGCUCAAAUGCAAAUCAUUUAGGUGGUUUUUGGACAAUAUAGCUCCAGAUACUUAUAUUACUCAAGUGAAUCAACUUCUUUUCGUAGGUGAAAUUAGGAGUAAGAAAGUGGAAAAUGUUUGCUUAGAUUCUAUGAAUGGGAGUUCUGAAGGUGACCAGGUUGGUAUUUUCUAUUGCCAUGGGAAAAAAGGUACUCAGGCAUUUAUAAUGUCUAAUAACACAAACCAAAUUCGUUUAGCUUCUAAAGAGAGCUAUUGUAUCGGAAAAGGAUUAUUAUACAAUUCAUGCUCUAAUCUUGAAAUGACAAAUAUUUGGAAGCUAGAGAAUGACAUGAUAAUUAAGACCGAGGCUGAGCCUGGUAAAUAUAUGUGCCUUUCAUUGGUAAGAAGUGAAGAAUUUGCAUCAAAAUAUACAGUAAAGCUAUUAGAUUGUGAGCCCAACAACCCAAAUCAGCACUGGAAAAUAACUAAAUUUAUACCUAGAAAGUUCACUCCACUUAAACUAUCCUAUACUUUAUAA